GCAAUGCCUCUAUGACAAGAUAAGGCAGCACACAGCCCCUCAUUGUGUGCAGACUGCUGUUCCAUUUGUCUCAUGAUGGAUUUGUCAUCUUUGUUGAUUGGUAUACUGCUGGAAAUUCUGACUGUAAAUUGUCAAAGUGACCCAGGCGACCGUAUAGUGGGAGGAACCACACCGGUUCCAAAUUCAAUCAAGUAUAUUUUGUCGAUACAGACCCUAAACCACCAGCACAUCUGUGCAGGCUCCCUGAUAAACAAUUACUGGGCCAUCACAGCAGCACACUGUUAUAUGGACCCAGAAAGAAUGGUGGUAGUGGCAGGAGACUACUCUCUGUCCAUCUAUGAGGGCACAGAGCAAGCAAUGAUGCCCUACCUCUUGAUACCCCACCCUGAGCAUGACAGCAGCACCAAAGACAACGACAUCAUGCUCAUAAAGUUCAGGACCCCUUUCAACUUAACCAGCUAUGUUUCCACCAUCCUGAUGCCCCGGCAAGAUGCCUCCAUACCAGAGGGGCAAAUGUGCCGGGUGUCAGGCUGGGGACUCACCAACCCCAGUGGAGGAGAGAUUCCCUCAACCCUCCUCACAGUCAAGCUCCCCAUCUUCUCCACUAAAAAGUGCAACAGCAGCGAGUCUUUUGACGGCAAAAUCACAGAAAACAUGCUGUGUGCUGGUUAUAGCACCGGUGGAAAAGAUGCUUGCAUGGGGGACUCUGGGGGUCCGCUGAUAUGUGAAGGCCGGCUCUACGGUGUGGUGUCCUGGGGGAAAGGAUGUGCUGAAGCCAAGUUACCUGGUGUCUACACUGCUGUGUCGAAAUACCGCAAGUGGAUAGACAACACCGUAUUCAAUCACUAUAACAGGUGUGACAAAAAUUUGUUUCUGUAAUAAAGACAAAACACCUGCUUUGAUGUAA